AUGCCUUCGUCUACAGGCCCCGUGAAUGAGGACACUCUCAUCACCAUCAAGAUCUCGUUCGACGACUGCACCAAGAGGCUCAAGCUGCCCCUCAAGGAUCUCGGUGCAAACACCCUCCCUAUCAAGCGUUAUUCCGACUCGGCCGGCGGCUAUGUCGUCCUCGACGACUCCAACCCUGCCGUCUUCAAGACUCUCAUCCGUGCUGCCAAGGCUAAGCUCAAGCUCAAGCUGAGAGCUUCCGCUCCUCCUGACCACUCCAAGGUGGAUGCUCCUGCUUCGGAGCCAUCUAUCGCUCUCUCAUCCGCUGUCGCUCCUUCCAGAAGUGCCACUACCCUCGAUGAGCACUCUAUCGGUCCCGGCAUCUUUGAGUUCCGUGAAGCAUUCGGCUCAAUGAAGAAGACAGUCGAGGAGGCUCCUCUCCCUCGGUCCUUUGGUAUCUCGAACAUUGUGCCUCUCUACCCAAUGCGCGCUGACGUACCAGACUUCACGGCAAACCAAGUUGCUCAGGGCUCCAAGCAUGUCCUGCCACUCCGUGUUGUCCAGCCCGUCGAGGUCGCCAAAGGACCAUGGUCCAUCUUCUGCAAUGCUUGCGAGAAGAUCAUGCACAACGUCCACUAUCACUGCAGCGCUUGUGAUGGUGGCGACUACGAUUUCNUCUGCGAGGCUUGCGUCGAGAAGGGUACCUCCUGCCUCGGAGACGGUCACUGGUUGGUCAAGCGUUCUGUCCAAGACGGCAAGCUUGUCAGCAGCACCACGGAGCGCUUUGCCCCCAAGCCUAAGACGAUCACUGCACCUGCGCCUGCACCUUCGUCCAAGCCCGAGGCUACCAAGGAAGUUCCUGGUGCCUUCACCGACGACAUCAAGACCUUGUCCGAGUCAUCCCGCACUUGCAAUGCCUGUGUUGUGACCCUCCCCGACCACGACUUUGUCACAUGUAUUCAGUGUGAUGACUACGACCUUUGCUUGAAUUGCCACACGCUCAACACACACGGCCAUCACCCUGGUCACCACUUCAAGCCCGCCGUCGAGGGUGCUGAUCUCUCACUUGCUCAAGAGGCUCUUCUCCCUGCUGGCCGCAACUUCAGACACACUGCCAUCUGCGAUGGCUGUGAUGAGAUGAUUCACGGUGUGCGCCACAAGUGUUUCGACUGUCCCGACUUCGACUACUGCGGCGAGUGCCUCAAGAACGCUCGUCACACUCACCCUCGUCACCGCUUCGCAGCCAUCUAUGAGCAGUUCAAGGGUCGACCUACCUCGUCAGUCUCCCAUCAUGGCAUUUAUUGCGAUGGUCCCNUCUGCAAGGGCAAGCCUCACCAGUCUUACAUCCAAGGUGUGCGUUACAAGUGUGUUGUCUGCCACGACACAGACUUCUGCCAGAACUGCGAGGCUUUGCCCACUUCUUUCCACAACAAGACUCAUCCUCUGGUCAAGUUCAAGACCCCUGUCAAUCACUUGACUAUCUCGACCGAGAGCGAAACCAAGCAUGGAGUCCGCAAGCUUGGUGACCGUGACCCCGCUCGCAACUCGAACACUCCUGCCAUGUUGAGCCGCAGGCAGUCGUCUAAUGCUACUGCCUCAGUCAAGACUGCCUCAGUCAAGACUUCUGCUAACUUCGAGCCAUACCCUCAGGCGGAAGAGAAGGUGCUCGACGAGAAGAAGGUUGAGGAGAAGACGCCAGUGUCUCAGCCUGCUGUGGCUGCUUCCAUGCCCAAGGCUCCUGUUCAACUGCCCGAGGCUGUCUUUAUUGGUGACCGUGUUCCUGAUGGCACCGUUAUCGCUCCUAGUGCCCGCUUCGUCCAAUCCUGGACUCUUCGCAACUCUGGGCCAAUUGCUUGGCCUGCCGGCUGCAGUGUCCGCUUCGUUGGUGGCGACAACAUGCUCAACGUAGACAACACUCAUAUUGCUGCUGCUUCUGACAUCGCUGAGGCUAGCGAAAGCAACGUCGUUGGGCGUGCGGUUCUGCCUGGUGAGCAAUUCCCUUUCACCGUGACAAUGAAAGCACCUGCUCGCGAAGGAAAGUGCAUCAGCUACUGGCGCCUCAAGACUGCCGAUGGCAUUCCUUUCGGCCACAAACUCUGGUGUGACGUUGAUGUUAGAAAAGCCCUCCCCGUGCCCACAGCUGCACCCAUGCCUCGCUCUCCUGUCAUUGCUCAGCCUCCAUCCCAGGCACAGAGCUACUUUGCUCUUUACAAGGAACGUAUGAAUGCCUUGAAAACUCACCUUGAUCAGACCAGCGCAGGGCCUGUUGCCGCCCCUGUUGUGGCAAACACGGUCUCGCAAGAGGUUCACAAGGAACAGGUGAUCGGAGCUCCUAAGAUUUCCGCUGAAUCAGAGGUUGAGGUUCCUGAGUCAGAGCACGAAGAGGAUGAGCUGAAGAGCAGCCAGAUGGUCUUCCCUACAUUGGACAAGGAGAGCCCCAGCAGCUCGACCUACCAAUCUUUCAGUGGAUCAGGCAUGAGCAAGAAGGUGCAGGAGGAGACUGAACAGGCUUCCCAGACUUCUGAGGUUGCCGACAGUGUUGCCAGCGAGGACGAGGGCUUCGAAGACAUUAGUGACGACCUCGAAGUGCUCAGCGCCAACGAAGAUGAGGACGAGACCGAGGACGACGGCUUCCUCACUGACGACGAUUACGACAUUCUUGACGCCAGCGACCAAGAGACUGUUGCAUCCAUGAAGUAA